UAACCAGUGAGGUUACGGCUCGAUCUCUGGUGAAAACUGCGACCCGCUUUUGCCGCGGCCUAUGGAGUUGCUUCUCCUUCUCUCUUCCUCCAUGAUGACCGCAGAGCUGUUGAUUGUAGAUUCCAGAAUGUUACUCGUUCAAUGUUAUUGUGAAAUAUCGAAUCAUACUAACUUAUUUUAAUAUUUAUUAUACUGGGAUUAUACUGGGAAUACUAAUAUUAAUUCCAAUAAACAGUAAACGUGAGGAUUUAAUCAUGUAGUUGUUGCAUUAUUAUUUCAACCAGAUUAUUAAAGAGCUUCUCGUCUUUGAGCAGUGCAGCAGAUUCUCUUGACGGUAGAAAAAUUCGGAAUUCUUAGUCGAGGAUGGCAAUGAUCUUUGCACCGAAACAUGUCUUAACCUCUUUAAACGAUAUCAGCAUAUGAUGGUGGUCAACCUCCAUUUCGACUACUUUCUUGGUAAAAUAAAUAAGGCAAUUUUAUAAACAUUUCAAGGAAGUCCAGAAUUUAAAUUACUGAUAUAAAAUGUCAUCAAAUAUGCAAUUUGCAAAUCCACCUCCAAUUAUUAGUCUUCCAAAUAUGUCCGUUCCACCACCGACUGCUCCAAAUUUAUCAGCUCCACCUCCAGUAUUAACAAUGAUAAAUACAAAUUCAACAUAUCAACCUCGAUACAUGAAUCAUAGAGAGUCGAACAGAGGUUUUUUUAAACCUUUUCGACCUUAUCACGCUCCUAAACAUAUUUCUGGAGGGCAAGAAUCUUUACAAGAUGAAUUUGAUGGUAAAAGACUUCGUAAGUCGGUAAUGCGGAAAACUGUAGAUUACAAUUCAGCUAUCAUCAAAACGAUAGAGAAUCGCGUCUGGCAACGAGAUUGUAGGGACCGACGGGCACUUCAACCUGAUGUCAUCUACUAUCCUGAUCUUUUACCACCUCCUAGUUAUAUAGAUAAUCCAAUGAAUUCUGUUACAACAAGAUUUGUAAAAACUGCUACAAAUAAAAUGCGAUGUCCUAUUUUUUGCAUGGCAUGGACACCUGAGGGAAGGCGACUUGUUACUGGUGCAUCUAGUGGUGAAUUUACUUUAUGGAAUGGACUUACAUUCAAUUUUGAAACAAUUUUACAGGCACACGACAGCCCAGUCCGUACAAUGGUAUGGUCACACAAUGAAAGUUGGAUGGUUACCGGAGAUCAUGCUGGAUAUGUCAAAUAUUGGCAAAGCAAUAUGAAUAAUGUCAAAAUGUUUCAAGCUCAUAAAGAAGCCAUUCGAGGAUUAAGUUUUAGCCCAACUGAUCAUAAAUUAGCAACCUGCAGUGACGAUGGAACUGUGCGAAUAUGGGAUUUUUUACGAUGUCAUGAAGAACGUAUUUUAAGAGGACAUGGAGCAGACGUUAAAUGCGUUCAUUGGCAUCCACAAAAAAGCUUGGUCAUAUCAGGAAGCAAAGAUAAUCAACAACCAGUAAAGCUUUGGGAUCCCAAAAAUGGACAAUCAUUAGCAACUUUGCACGCACAUAAAUCCACUGUCAUGGAUGUUAAAUGGAAUGAAAAUGGUAACUGGCUUGUAACAGCCUCCCGAGAUCAUUUACUUAAAUUGUUUGAUUUGCGUAAUCUUAGUCAAGAAAUGCAAACAUUUCGUGGACACAAAAAAGAAGCUUCAAGUGUAGCCUGGCAUCCAAGUCAUGAAGGUCUCUUUUGUAGUGGUGGUAGUGAUGGAGCAAUUCUUUUUUGGCACGUCGGUGCGGAUAAAGAAGUAGGUGCCAUUGAGCAAGCGCAUGAUAGUAUAGUUUGGACUCUAGCUUGGCAUCCGCUUGGUCAUAUACUAUGUUCUGGUAGUAAUGAUCACACAUCUAAGUUUUGGACUCGAAACAGACCGGGAGAUUUGAUGAGGGAUAAAUACAAUCUAAAUACACUACCAGCUGGAACAGGAGGAACUGAUGAUCACGAAGUUGCUGACGCUUCGGCUGUUAUCCCAGGAAUGGGACUUGAGGAUCAAAUUAGUGCUGAUCGAGAAGUAGAAGAAAAAAAUGGCGAAAUACCAGGUCUUGAUCUUGAACAUAGUGUAGAUGAGAAUAAAAAAUUGGCAAAUAAAAAAGUGCCGUACAGCAAACCUAUACCACGAAAUUUUCAAGCUCAGUGGAAUGAAAUGGAAGCUGAGGGUCUAGAACAAGUAGAAGCUUUAAAUGCAAUAGUUAAUCAACUCAUCGAAACUACUCCUGGAGCUGUUCCAUUGCACGAUGUUACACCGAAUGCUAUUAUUUUGUAUGGAAAAAUGAUUCCUGUUGAAUCUGGAUCCAAAUUAGCAGAAGCUAUAUCUAAAGGAACUGAUGCUAUAAACAAACUCGUUCAAGCUGGAGAAAUAGAAGAAUUACGAGAUGUUAUUGGCAUCAAUGAAGACCAGUUAGAUAUAGAAGAUUAUCUACAGGAUGAAGGCGAAAUCGAUUAUUUUAAGGUUCCUAAAAUUGAUCUACCAGCUCCAUUAGCAAGUUCAAAAUUUGCUCAAAAUCCAGAAUUACUUAAAGCUCUUAAUCGUGGGGGUAAAAGAAAAUUUGAUCAACUAAUUGGUUGGAGUGAUGCAGGUGCGACUGAUAAAGUGUCUCAGAUUUAUCAACCAGUAUUUCAUGGUGUAUUUGCUGAAGAUUCACAAUCAAAUGAUAAUGAGUUUAGAUUUACCUUACAAGAAAGAAUGUAUUUAAAAGAAAACUUACAUGAAAAUAAUGAUGAGGAUUAUAGGGAUGAUUCUUCUCGUGAUUCUAAACAUUUCUAUAAUAGUGAGUCUUAUAGGUCUGAAAAUACUACUGGACCUGGAAGGCCAAGCAUACACGUAGAGCAUGAUCUAAAAAGAAAUUUUGUAGAAAAUGUCACUCUACAAAACAAAAGUUCAAUUUCUUUCGUAAAAGCUUUUGGGGAAAAAGAUGUAGAUGAUAGGUUAAAGUGGGAUAAAGAAAAUAGCAAAAUCAAGUCAGAUGACAAUUUUUUACAUUACACUUUUGAUAAUCAUCAACAAAUGGAAGGAAAUAUGUAUAGUUGUAACAAUAUUUCACAUACAUCAAAUAUUAAUCCAAAUAUGCCACCGCCAUGCCUUUCAAUUAUCCAAAAUGAAUCUCAACACUCUAUCCAACUCGAUUGCAAUGCAGAAGCAGACAAUACUUUGCCUGAUAUAACAUCACAACAAAGUAAUUUAACUAUAUUUCGAUCUAGUGGUCCUCCUUCUGGUUUUGGACCUGGUACUUUUCGACCUUUACAUAAUAGUAGCUUUUCAGCAAACCCAUUCAGAACAAUGGGUCCAUUUCAUCAUCAAAGUUCAUUUAAUAAUUUUUCUGGGCCACCAUCUAACUUUAGAUCAAUCAAUUCGCAAUUUGAUAGACAUCAGUUUGGAGGACAAAACUAUAAAGUAAAAACCUCGUCGCAGCAAUCAUCAGGAGGUUUAGAUAAUUACAAUUCCAGUUUUUGCGAUUAUUCUACAAAAAAUAGAUCCAAACGCAGUGGUAUAAUCAAUCGAACCAUAAAUGAUUGCAGUAGAACAAAUUUUCAUACUCGUGGUCGAGGAAUAGACAACGAUUUUUCAAGAGGAACACGUGGUCGAGAUUACCAAUAAAUAUAAAUAGGAACAUAAUUCAAAAAAUUCAAUAUUAAAUAUAAUAAUUAAGAUGUUUUCUUUAAAUUUGAGCCUAUCAAAUUAAUUAAUAAACACUAAACAUUUUCCAAAUUUGUUUAUUUACAAAUGUAUGAUUAUUAUUGCCAGAUUUAUGAUACAAUUAUUUUUCAUAUCCUUGCUUCCUAAUUAGUUCAGUUUAUAACUUAAGUCACUUGUAACAUUGCAAAACCCAAGGUGAGGUAAUUUCUAUUGCUGGUAUUUGGGUAACCAUAAAAUAAAUUCCUUUUAUCUUAUGGACGCCAGGUGAAUGCGCUUCUAGCUAGCUUUAUAGAGAAUGUAUUUCCAGAGGGAGAUCUGCUAUAUUAAAUGUAAUAAUAUUU